AUGUUGAACUACCACCAGAAGACGGAGAAGUUCAGCGCUGCCUUGACUCAUCUGAUCUGUGGACGAAAGGUUAGGACAUCUAACGAGACGAUCCGGGGCGCGCAGCUGUGGGCGUACCGCGCGUUCGUGGAAGGCGGCGAGGCCCGGCGCUCGGGGCGGUUGUACGCCGGCGUCGCGGGCCAGGCGGCGUUGGUGUUCGACGCUUGCGAGGACGUCCUGCGGCACGGCAACCGCGACAUCGAGCCCAUCGCGGCCCUGCUGCGCGGCGCCGGCAUGACGUGGCCGCACGUGAACCAAGAGAUGAACGUGCUCGCGGCGCUAGCGUUCAUGGACGAGGUGCUGGACUGGGCCGUCCUGUUCGACUUCGAGCCCGUACCGCGGAGCGAGACCACGUGUCGCCACCCCGCCGGCACUCGCAGCCGCCGGCGCUCCCAGACCACAGGCGACGACGACGACCAGAUCGUGCGAGUGAAGUUGUCGCGCCACUUCCUUCCGCUUCGCCGUCUGGUGAACGACAUGAUGGAACAAGGUCGGUUCGACACGUACCUUGAGCUCCUCUUCGUGACGCUCGUCAACCGCACGCUGAAGCCCGUGCCUUUGACCGAAGAAACCAAGUUCAUCGAAAAGAAGGUUGUCCGCCGCCUGGCUGAAGUGGCAGAGAACAGCACCUCGCAGCCGCUGUGCACCACAACCGAGGGCGUGGCCCUCUGGACACCCUGGCUGACAGCCGACGCUUGGAAGGAAUUUCUGGUUGUUCUGUUCCAAGGCGAUCCUAACUAUCCUGUGUACAUGGAGAUCACAUGCCCCGAGCUGUUCCGUGCUUUUUUCGCUUCACAGGACACAGGAGAAACGUACCAGGCCUCGACUCCUCAGAGGUUCACCACUCAGGUGGUCAGUUGGUACGCGCUGCAGACGAGCGUCAUGUUCGCCUACGCACCGGCCAUCGAGCUAAUGUACGCGAACAGUACGGAGGCCGCUGACGCGCACAGGUGGGCCUGCCUCCAUCUUUCCACUUCAUUCUCCGGCACGGCGUACGGCUUCCUGGCGUUGGCCAGGAACCGUUUCGAGGACGCCUACUGGGAGACACGCUCCAUCAUCGACAGGGUGACGGACGCCUUCCUUGGCGACUUCGUGGGCGUGCACUGGCGCUCGAGCGACGCGCGCGGCCUCCGGCUUCUGUCGCGCAACCGUCUCUCCAUCAGCCUGCUCCGGCACGCGGCCGACGUGUUCGGGUCGUGGGCUACCUACUACCCGGUGCGCAGCUCGUUCAUCGCGGUCUGGCAGUGGGCCUCCAGCGGCCGCCUCCCCGAGGCGUUCCUUCCGGAGAGGCGGGAGUGCGACGCCACCUGCUGCGCCCGCGAAGACGGCGUCAGUGCGCUGGUCUCAGCCGCCGGUGACGCCUGCUGCGGCCUGUUCGAUGAACUGGUCGCCACGGCUGACUGGCGCGUCCUGGCAUGGGAGGAGAUCGACGACGACGCCAGCAGUGGCAGCCGGCUGUACCUGGUGCAACCGGUCGCCUGGAACGUUCCGUUCUUUGCACCCGGCCUGACGCUUCCAGUGAAAUACGGCGCAUUCGGGUCGCUGCUCGCCGCCGUGGUCGCCGCCAACUACUUCGAAACCGGCGAAGUCCUGGAAUACGAAAUGCUCGUGAAGACCCUCGCUGCGUGCCUCAACGCGACGGAGCUGUCCUCCGGCGACCGCCAGCGAUCCUGGAGCGCGUCCGCUGGCGCCGUCGCCAGGAGCCUGACGCUUAGGAACGCCACGCUGGAGCCGCUGUGGAAGGCGUACCUCGCCGCCAGGGAGUACCACAGCAGUCGCGACGUCUCGUCGUCGCCCGUAGACGUCGCGCGCGCACGUCGCGACGACGACCGCCUCUUCUUCGUGUCGUGGUGCUUCGCCGUCUGCGGCGAACCGGGUGCCGGCGAGCUGUGCAACGUGCCGCUCCGCUCGGGAGCCAAGUUCGCGAGUGGCAACUUUACGAAAGCCUUCGGGUGUCGCGCCGGUGAUCCGAUGGCGGUGCCGGCGAAGUGCGCCCAGUUAUGACGUCUGCUCGACUCGUGCGUCUCACCUGCUUUGAAGUUCUACGGGAUGCGCACCUCGGGGAGAAGUGACUGUUCCUUAAAUGCCACUUGUAACGCAAAGAACUUGCGAACGUGAUCCUUAAUUGCCCGUUUCGAAUUCUCGAUUGCGCGCACGUGCGUUUCAAGUGAUCUAGGAGACAAUAUAUAUGCUGCUCAUUUCUCGUUCCAUGCCGUUUAGAUCCGACUUUUCAACGUCGAGUCUGAUUUGUGUGUAAGCGCAUGUAUUGAUUUAUUACUCUGCGUUCCUGUUGACUUCGCAGUUGCUUUUAUCUUCGUGCGUCCUCUAUUUUUCACAUAUUUCAUGAUCGAUGUUUUUGUUUCUUACCGCAAUGUACUUUGUACCUGGAGUUUGUCAAUUCCGUAUAGCGAAAUUUUUGUCGAAUACUGCUGACGCCUUCGUUUGUCAGGAGUGGGGCCCAGAUAGACAGUGAGCCCUGCUCCUCAGUGAGCCCUGCGCACGUCCUAUGUUC